GUAACUCGUCAGCAAGAAAAGGGAAGGCUUCGUCACCGAGGUCCGCUGCACCUGCUGCAACUUCCUUGGCUCCCAAACGGCUUAAACAUCCUCUUCCAUGUCCGGCGGUUUAACGAUGGAUCAUACUUUCCUGCCUCGGUCCAUCUGGACCGGCGACAGUAAAUUCCUCCAGCAUUCUUCAGAUCUCUACACCAGUGUGGUAGUUGCGCGCAGCAUCCCUGCAGGCACAUGCUUCGGUCCGUGCGUGCUCCAGAACACUUUCUACGACUCUAUCGCUUUCAUAGCGCAGAAAUCCUGUGACAAGAGAGCGAAAUCCUGUGUGUUCAGGGUCGAUCCUGAGGCCAUGCGUAAUUCUGCCCUGAUGCUGUCUUGGUUGCGGCUCGUGCAAGCUGCCCGCAACGGCGAGGAGCAGAACACAGAGGCCUUUUUGAAAGGGGGUCAGCUGUACGUGCGGACUACCCGGGACAUCCGGCAGGAAGAAGAGCUGCUGAUCUGGUACGACCACGAGCUGUCUCAUCUGCUGGGCUUCACCGAAAUAGCAAAAGAGUCAAACGAAGAAUUAAAAUGUGGGCGAUGUAACCAGGUCUUCAAAAACGAGCAUCCCUUCCUGGCUCACUGCAGAUUCUUUUGUGCUCACGUAAAGACUGACACCUGGAGCCGCGAGCUUUAUGAGCACAAGCACGUGGAAAUUAAGAGGCAACGCCGAGUGACAGAUUUCCACAACAUUGCCAGAGAUUUGGAACACAAAAGAACUGGAAACAACGACGACGCGGAGACUUCCCCAAAGAAGAGAAAGUAUGAGGAAACUCUUUAUCCAAAAUGGAGAAAAACGGUUCUAUUAGAGAAGACUAAUAUUUCAAAUGAUGAUAAUAUUACACCACCGACUAAGAGUUACGACCAGCCAGCAGGAGACAGCCCUUCAGGUGAGGGGAAACGGAAAGCUGAGACGUUGAAACUGGAUCUUUUGGAACGUAAAAGUGAGGAGCUUGUUCAAGGUGAUGAAUCCAAGUGGACUUUUACGCACGACAGAGAUCUGGACGCGCGGAUGGAGACAGGAGGGGAGGGCUCUAGCAUGCAUUUAAGCAGCAACAGUGCAUUUUCUCUGGUGAUAUCGAACAGCCAGGGCGAACAGAAAAGCGCAUUUUGUAAACCGAGUAAAAGAAGUUCUCCUGUUGACCCCCAGGCUCACCCCAGCAGAGGUUCAACAGCCCCCUCUAGCCGCCUGGAGGAGAUGACGAAUGCAUUUACCUCUAGGACGUCUGUGGGAUACAAUAAUCUGAUACCAUCCAACAUCCUGAGCAGUGACUUACAGACUGUACCCUCCCCGGUAGCAUUAAACACUGCUUUCCAUUACGCGCCGGAGCACUGGUCUAGAAACAUAGGCGCUCAGCUGCAAACCACAUCGGCCCUCACGAUCCUUCCUCCGACUUUUACCACAUUCGGCGUGUCGGUGCAGAACUGGUGCGCCAAGUGCAACCUGUCCUUCCGCAUGACCUCUGACCUCGUUUUUCACAUGCGCUCUCACCACAAAAAGGAGUUCGCCGCAGAGUCUCAGGUGAGGAGAAGAAGGGAGGAGAAACUUACCUGUCCAAUCUGCCACGAAUACUUCCGAGAGCGGCACCACCUGUCAAGACACAUGACAUCCCAUAACUGAGACAAGAGAAGGGAAAGAAACUCUUUAUUUAUUACCUAAAUGCUUCUCAUAUUUAACAAGCUUCGACUGCAACCCAAGGCAAGACUUUAGUGUAUAUCUUUGAAUGUAGGUAGCUGUAUAAUAACAAAACGGAUACACAUGCCCAUCACAGCUUGUCCACUAGAUGACGAUAGAGGUGCGUGUAAACUGAUCUCAGUGCAGUUUGUCCACUAGUUCAGUAUGUUAAGUUAUUUUGUGCCUUAUGGAACUCAGGAGGGACAGAGAGGUUUCAAGGACAGCUCAUGAUUGUCACAAAUAUCUCAAAGCAAUCCUCUUUAGACCAUUUGCUUUUUCCUCGAUCUAAAUUGUACAGGAGGUAUGGGUUGAGUGUGUAUGCACAUUAGUUUUAAAAUCUAAAAUUAUAUAAAGUGGAAAUAAAAGCUUGUGGUGUAUUUUGUUCCAUCAUCAUAUGGGUUAAAAUCAGAGGGUCAGUUUUUCCAGUUCCAACAGGAGGUGACUGAGACCACCAUUUGCCCUGUAUUGAUCAUUCAGUGUGUUUAAAUAUAUAUUAGACACGUUUAUUGUUUAGUGUAUGCACCCGUAUAACAUUCCUGUGGCAUUUGAGAUCUGUAUCCAGCAUUUUAGUCUGCUAUUUGAACAAAUGAGCUGAAAAAUACCAUAUUAAGCAGCUCAUUUAAAUAG